AUGUCGCUUCUCGAUCCCCGCCAAUUCUUGAUGCCGGCGUUUUAUCUCGAUCCGGCGACACAAGCGCUUCUUGCUCAAGUCUCGAAUCAAACAGCCACGCAUCCCAACAAACUUGUUGGACUUCCGGCAUCAUCGUUUCGAAUUUCCGAUUUGUUGGAAACAUCGCACAAUACGUCAUCUGAAUCAGACCCCUCACCAGUGUCAAUUAAAUCCGAGUCCUCAACACCGCCACGACCACAUAGUCCAUAUACAGAACGAUCAAAUACUGGAAGCCCGAGCAUGUCGGGAGGAUCUAAGAAAGCUAGAAAGGCGCGAACAAUCUUUACUGACAAGCAGCUCCAAGAGCUCGAGAACACGUUUGAGAAGCACAAAUAUCUUUCUGUGCAGGAUCGAAUGGAACUGGCUCAUCGCAUGGGUCUUACUGACACCCAAGUCAAGACUUGGUAUCAAAACAGAAGAACCAAGUGGAAGAGACAAGCGACUACCGGAAUGGAUCUUCUUGCCGAGCCCGGAAACCUUGCCGCAGUUCAAAACCUCAUCCGGAAUAAUUCCUACUGGACCAGUUAUCUCCCAAACCUUCCCAUUGUCCCAAUGGGAAUGCCAAUUCCAAUGAUAGUGCCGCCCGCUCAGAAUUUCCAAUCAAUUUCAUCCCCAUCAACAAACAGCAACAAAUCCUCAUCGCCACCAUUAGACGUAUCAGCAAAUGACUAA